AUGGACUUUAGCUUGGAUGUACAAAAGAUUACUGAAGUUAUUGAGCGUGAGAAACCAAAGAUCAUUUUUCUAACUUCUCCUAACAAUCCAGAUAGGAGUGUGAUCAAUGAUGAUGUUUUACUGAAGAUACUUGAUCUACCAAAUCUUGUUGUGCUGGAUGAAGCGUACAUUGAAUUUUCAGGACUUGAAUCAAAGAUGGGAUGGGUGAAGAAGCAUGAGAAUCUUAUUGUUCUUCAGACAUUUAGUAAAAGAACAUGCCUAGCUGGACUACGAGUGGGAUAUGGAGCGUUUCCUUUGAGUAUAAUCGAAUACCUUUGGAGGGUAAAGCAACCAUAUAACGUGUUUGUUGCUGCUCAAGGAGAAGAUAUAAAUGCAGUUGCCAUCAAGGAGGUGAAAGAACUGGCUGUAGUCACUUCAUGUCUCAACCCGAGUGAUGGCAACUUUCGGAUAAGAUUUUCGUUUUCUUUUUAA